GACAUUAAUGACAAUAGUGACUUAUGGAUGACUUAUCCAGCAGUCUCUGGAAAGUAUGCGUUCCAUCCACUAUUGUAAAUAUUUGUCACUGCAGUUCCCUGGAAUAGCCUUCAGCUGUGAUUAAUCGAAUGCACUCAGCCUCCAUAAAAAUUACAGAAGAAGUUCCCAGUGCCUCACAUAAUGCAUCGCAUAAUUUAACAAUUAGCUUACUGCUAGAUAACCAAGCUGUGCUGUACCGAGGAAGCUCUUAGUGACUAAUGAGGGCAUUUGUGAGUUGCAUCAGUCCAUCUCAUGAGAACAGAUAUAGUACUUCCCCGGAUGCGAGGCGGAAAGAGCAGGGUGUGGUUAGUAAAGAGAGACAGAGAGAGGCAGGGAAUGAUGGAGGGAUGAGAAGAGAGGAUGAGAGACAAAUAAAAAGAGCACACAGGGUAUAAAGGAUGAAGUGAUGGAAGGAGGAUGGAGAGAGGUGAAGUGGAAUGGAAAGAGAGAGGAAGAGAGAGAGGGAGGAGGGAGGAGAGGAUGACAGACCCAGAGCUGUAUGAUGUCAUCAUUUGUGCUGGGCUGUGCUCGCUCUCCCUCCCCUCCCUGUUGCUCUCUCUCACUCUCUCCAUCUCUCCUCCUCCCCUCUCGAUCGCUCUCUCACUCUCUCCAUCUCUCCUCCUCCUCUCUCGAUCGCUCUCACUCUCUCUCUCCCUCCCCUCCCUGUCGCUCUCUCUCUCCAUCUCUCUACCUCCUCUCCUUGCUGCUUUUCCGCAGUCUAACCAUCUCUGCAUCUUUCUUGGUUGUGCGCGCAUCCCCCAGCAACCAGGAGACACACUAGAGAAGGAGACAAACACACUGGCCAAUACAGCAUCAUCAGAGCGAACGCAGCAUCACAUUCUCUGGACUGGCACCUUACCCUCAGAAUGGCAGAAGGCACUGUGACGGUGGCCGAGGUGGAGAUGGCAUUCCAGAAGUUUGCCGUCCACGGAGACACGAAGGCAACGGGCAAGGAGAUGAACGGGAAGAACUUUGUGAAGAUAUGCAAAGACUGCAAGAUCAUCGAUGGGAAAAAUGUCACUAGCACCGACGUGGACAUCGUCUUCAGCAAAGUGAAGGCGAAGACUGCUCGUGUGAUCACAUUUGAGCAGUUCAAGCAGGCAAUGACGGAGUUGGCUCCGAAGCGCUUUAAGGGGAAGGGCCAGGAAGAGGCCCUGCAGCUCAUCUACGGCCUCAUGGCAGGCAAAGAACCCGCCAAUGUAGGAGUGACGAAAGUAGCGAAAGCGGGAGCAGUGGACCGGCUGACGGACACCACGAAGUUCACGGGCUCCCACAAAGAGCGCUUCGACGAGUCCGGCAAGGGGAAGGGCAAGGUGGGCCGAGAGGACAUCCCUGACUCCAGCGGCUAUGUGGGGUCCUACAAGGGCCAGGGCAGCUACGACAGCAAGGUCAAACAGGACGAAUGAAGGACAAGAAAAAAGAAAGAGAGCCGAAAAGCGGGAGAGGAAAGGAUAGAGAAGAGGAGAGCAGAUAGAUGUGAAUAGAGGAGAGAAGUGAAAAGCAAUGUUGUAAUGGAAAGAUUUCAGAUGACAGAUUGUAUCCUUUAUGUGCAUUUGAACAAAUGUUACAUUGAUGUACUCUGUGUAGCUGUGAAGAAGGCUCUGUUUGAUGCAUUUCCAUAGAAGCAAACUCAACCAGCACUAACAACUAACCACACUAACCUCACUCCAACCCCUCCAUCUCUCUCUUUCUCUGUCUGUCUCUAACUACACUGGAACUUUUAUGCUAGCGGGUCUCUCUGUUGCACUUCAGACGCUUGUGUUAAAAGACCCCUGUGGUUGUACUGUAUGUGUCCCGGUGCCUUAGCUACUACUUGCAAUUACUACAAAAUGCCUUACUCUCCAAAAUGAACCCCUUAGCUGUCCCUGCAACUAUCACUGCCUCCUAGGUGCAUGUAUGGCUGUGUGACUGGUGCAAUGAGAUACACAUAGUAAUAAAACAUUUAACGUUUAAUAACAAAGUCAUAUUUAAUAAUAAAAUGAGCGACAGAAAAGGUCAAGCAGAUGGUGAACUGGACAAGGGGUGUCUUUUGAGUGGAAGAUGAAGUGAGAGCUCAAGAGGGACGAAGAGGCAGAUGGCACUUUCUCUCCUCCCUCUCUCUCUCUCUGGUCCUUUUCUCUCUCCCUCCCUCCCUCCAUCUUUCGGAUGUGAAAGUGAUUGUUCUUUUGCCUGAGUGUGUGAAGGCGCUCUGUCUUGUUUAGGAGUGUCAGGUACUGCCAUCUCUUACAGAAAUCUGUGGAAAGAAAGAAAGUCUCAAAUAAAGUGAUUGCAGAAAAAAAUA